UUGAUAACUAUUGAAUACAGAAAAAUAUGCCCACUCAGGACUCCGUCAAUGAGGACAAUUUUUUUGACCAGACUUCCUGUUGCAUCUAACGAUAUUGUUGCUCCACCUUUUUCGAUCCGACAAUAAUCUUUAUAGGCGUGCAUUCCAGCUGGUGUAAAGUAAAAUGUAAAGAAAGGGUUCAUACCCGUCCAAGUGAUUAUGCCUGCGAACUCUGAAGUUAUCGACAAGUUUGAAAUGGUCCGGACGACAUCAUUUCCAUCAUCUGGUCGUAUAUCAAGAUCUCUAUUAAUUUUUUCUUUCUUUGCAUUCCGUAGAACAGGGCUUUUGGGUAUAAAGGGAGGCACUGGGUCACCAUGAUCCAUGUACAAUCGAGCUUGUUCUCGUUGCCAGAUUUUACACCCUUUUGCUUCCAAUGCCUGUUGUACCUCCAGUCGACGCUCUCCAUUCAAAUUUGUCGUAACUUGUUCAUGAAACGCGUUUCGUACCUCGCGCGUUUCCACUUUUAGACGUAGGCCUUUCUCACUCACUUGUUUCUCGCCAGAAGCGGUGAUUUUAUUUCCACAGAUUUUACUUAUACACCGGCCAAGAAUCUUUAUUUUAAACGUGGUUCCGUUAUUGAUCAGGGUUACUUCAGCCCGUUUAAGUGAAAGCGCACAGGGUAACUUGUGCUGUUGCCACAGCGCUAAUCUAAACAUGUUGCCCCACACUUUUUUCUUUAGGUAGAACCUUUGUUUUUUUCCACGUCGCUCAGUCGGUUUAAAGGCAUCCCACUCGUUUUCUGUUAAUACUAAUUCGAGUUCAAUUAAUUCGUCCGAACUAGUACUGGGAUUAUUUAAAUCAACGGGCGACCAUGAGUCCUCAUCAUUCUUCUCGGUAUCUUCAUCUGAAUGCGAAGAGUAGGAUUCUAUACAGUCAUUGUUUUCUUUAAUUACGCAGAUAUUCAAUGCAAAUCGAGCUUUGCUGAGGAUUCUACGUCGAUCUUCUCUGACAUUUAUAUAUACAUUGAGAGACGACCAUGCUCCAUUGGUUUGCUGACUCAUUUUUUUCCAUACUUCUGAUGAAUAUUUUGGAAGCUUCUCAGUUGUAAAAUGUAUCGCAAAAGCUUUCACCAAGUUGAUUGCAUCUUCUUCGGAAACUCUCGCUUUACCAGGCAUUUUGCAAAUAAUCCAGUGGCACAAUCUAAAGUAAUAACAAUGAUAUAAUACUACAUUUAAUCGAGUAACACCUUAUGUGAAAAGAUUCUAAAAGUUAAUGGAGUUUGACUGAGGGGUUUGAUGUUAUUUUCUAUCUUUACUACUUGGCAUGAUAAAAAAAAUUGCAGAAUAUAUUCAAUAUUAAUUUCAAGCGUUGUCAUCAUUUAAAAAAUGCACACAAGAUACUUUGAAGAAAGCUGAAUCAUCUCAAGAACGUUACGUACAACUCGUGAAAGGUUACAUACAAAUAUUGUAAUUUAUUACGAUAUUUUCAGUGAACAUUGAGUCAAAAUUUUGUUCAACCCAAAUCUUAGUACUUUCUCAUCUAACAAAAAAUUUUCAACAUAUUGUUUAAUUGAAAUUUUUACGUUUUAAAUUUGAAGCUAGCAUCAUCGUACUCAUAGUGGCUCAGUGGAUAUGACACGGCCUUCAAGAUUAUAAUGUAAUACAUUCUUUGACGACAUUCGAGAGUCCACGAGGAGCUUUUUUGAAUGUGAAAAAAAUUCGACAAUAGUAACCGAUUCCGAUGUUCAUCAGACAAUAACCGAAACAUCUAGAUAAAAAACGAAUGUGUGGAAAAUAGAGGGCGUGCGAGUCACCUAAAUAUUACGAUGUAUCGUUGUGUUUAUUGUUUCGUCCCGGUGGCCUUAUCAUGGGCCCCAAGCCAUCUCUGUCUAAAAAAUUUCAACUUUCUUCACGUGGACGAAUACAGCUUGGUAACCGGUCAUGAAGGUACUAUCAAAAUAACUCCGCAUAACAACAAUGAAGAGGCGGUCUGCGUAAGUGCUGAGCUUCAGGUCGAUAAACAUUGGACCACAGUUGUUACAUAUAUGGAAAUGAACACAGACAUUCUAACUGACCAGGCGGUUGAUGGACCCUUCAACAGAUCUUGUGCAAAAAACAAUCAAAGGAUGGGUGUCAAAGACUGUAUCGAAGUAUGCAGUUUUGAAAAGAGCAACAGUACGAAUUUCAUUGACAGAAAUGGAUCUUAUCUUCUCUGACCCCGAGAAACGCUUACUACACUUAAUAGGGCUUAUCCCAGAAUAUGUAAUGUCAAUGCCGGAAUGAUUGUAUAUGAAUAUUAUAAUAUCGAUGUAAAAUUUACAGUUGGUCACAUUACUUGAAAAUUUUCUAUAAAUAAAAUAAUUUUUGCAUCAGUCACCCCUAAUACUUUUGUAUGUAAAAUAAAUUAUAUAUAGAAUUUA